GCUCAGUCUGGUUCUUGGGGCUGUUUUGAUGAAUUCAAUCGUAUUGACUUGCCUGUGUUGUCCGUAGCUGCUCAGCAAAUCUCCAUUGUGUUAACAGCUAAGAAGGAACGCAAGAAGGUGUUUAUAUUCACUGAUGGAGACAAUGUCUCCAUGAACCCAGAGUUUGGUAUAUUCUUGACAAUGAACCCUGGCUAUGCUGGACGACAGGAACUCCCAGAAAACUUGAAGAUCAACUUCCGUACAGUGGCUAUGAUGGUCCCCGACAGACAGAUCAUCAUCCGUGUCAAACUCGCUAGUUGUGGUUUCCAAGACAACACCGUCUUGGCCCGCAAGUUCUAUACGCUCUAUAAGCUUUGUGAGGAACAGCUGACAAAACAGGUACAUUAUGAUUUUGGCCUGAGGAACAUCCUUUCUGUACUUCGUACCCUUGGAGCUGCCAAGAGAGCCAGUCCAACAGACAGUGAAUCUACGACAGUGAUGAGAGUUCUGCGUGACAUGAACCUCUCCAAGUUGGUGGAUCAGGAUGAGCCGUUGUUCUUGUCACUGAUCAAUGAUUUGUUCCCUGGUAUUACGCUUGAUAAGGCUGGAUAUCCUGAGCUAGAAGGCGCUAUUAACCGCAAUGUUGAAGAUGCAAAACUAGUGAAUCAUCCUUCAUGGACGUUGAAGAUCAUCCAAUUGUUUGAGACCCAGCGGGUACGUCACGGAAUGAUGGCCCUUGGACCCUCAGGCGCAGGAAAAACUGCUUGCAUUCACACUCUAAUGAAAGCUAUGACAGAUUGCGGAGAACCUCAUCGUGAAAUGCGAAUGAACCCCAAGGCUAUCACGGCACCACAGAUGUUCGGAAGGCUGGAUGUUGCGACCAAUGACUGGACAGAUGGCAUUUUCUCCACAUUGUGGCGUCGUUCACUGAGAAUCAAGAAAACCGAUCACAUUUGGAUUGUACUAGAUGGACCAGUUGAUGCUAUCUGGAUUGAGAACCUGAACUCUGUGCUUGAUGACAACAAAACUCUCACACUUGCUAAUGGGGAUAGGAUCCCUAUGGCACCCAACUGCAAGAUCAUAUUUGAACCUCAUAACAUUGACAAUGCCUCCCCUGCUACUGUAUCUAGGAAUGGUAUGGUGUUCAUGAGUAGCUCUGGUCUGGACUGGAACCCACUUUUGAAGGGCUGGUUGAACAACAGGAGUCCCCAGGAGGAGGCUAUACUAUACAGUCUCUUUGAGGCAUCAUUCCCUAUCAUUUACAGACAUGCCUCACAGAACUUUGUUUGGAAGAUGGACGUCUUGGAAGUGUUUGUUGUAAAACAGUGUUGUGACUUGCUCCAAGGCCUAAUCCCAAACAAGGAUGACAAAGAAGCGGGACCAAUGAAGAAGGAACACUUUGAGCAUCUUUACAUUUUUGUCGUCAUGUGGAGUAUCGGUGCAUUCCUUGAGUUAGACGAUCGUGCCAAGCUAGAAGACUUUUUGCGCACAGAUUCAGAGAUUCCUAAACUGGACCUUCCUAAUACGUCAACAGUCGCAGAUUCCACUAUGUUUGACUUCUUCGUUGAUACGGAUGGUUCUUGGAGCCAUUGGGACAACAAGGUUGAAGAAUACAUCUACCCAGGAGACUCCACUCCGGAAUACGGUUCAAUCCUCGUACCAAAUGUCGACAAUGUGCGCACAGAUUUCCUCAUUCACACAAUCUCCAAACAGGAUAAGGCUGUUCUUCUGAUUGGAGAGCAGGGAACCGCAAAGACUGUGAUGAUCAAUGGCUACAUGGGCAAAUACAACCCUGAAACGCAUAUGUCUAAGAGUUUGAACUUCUCAAGUGCUACAACUCCUAACAUGUUCCAGCGAACUAUAGAGAGCUAUGUAGACAAACGAAUGGGGAGCACAUAUGGUCCUCCAGCAGGUAAGAAGAUGACUGUCUUUGUUGAUGACAUUAACAUGCCAAUCAUCAACGAAUGGGGCGACCAGAUUGCCAAUGAGAUUGUCAGACAAUUGAUGGAGAUGAAGGGAUUCUACAACCUUGAGAAACCUGGUGACUUCACCAGUAUAGUGGAUGUUCAGUUCCUUGCGGCCAUGAUCCAACCUGGAGGUGGUAGAAAUGAUAUUCCUCAGCGUCUAAAGCGUCAAUUCACAAUAUUCAAUUGUACGCUACCCUCUAACUCAUCCAUCGAUAAAGUAUUCCGUGUUAUUGGCUGUGGUCAUUAUUGUGAGGAGCGUGGUUUCUCGGAGGAGGUGCGAGACAUGGUGGCCAAGAUGGUCCCAGUCACCAGAAGACUGUGGCAGUUGACUAAGAUCAAAAUGUUGCCAACCCCCGCCAAGUUCCACUAUGUGUUCAACUUGCGUGAUUUGUCACGUAUCUGGCAGGGAAUGAUCAAUACGAUAGAGGAAGUAGUCCGCAAGAACACAGAUGUCCUUGCACUAUGGAAACAUGAGUGCUGUCGUGUCAUUGCUGAUCGGUUUACGAACCCUAAUGACGUCACUUGGUUUGAAAAGACAGUAAAACGUAUCAUUGAAGAAGAUGUAGGGGAAGAACACGUCCCAGGAGUUGAGGGGCAUAGAUAUUACCAGGAUUUUAUGAGAGAUGCCCCUGAAGCCACAGGCGAUGAGCCUGACGAUGCAGACUUUGAUCUCCCUAAAGUUUAUGAAGCUAUUGAAUCGUUUGACCAAUUGGAGGCGAGACUGAAGUUCUUCAUGCAACAAAUGAACGAGGCCAUCAGGGGCUCUAAUAUGGACUUGGUGUUCUUCAAAGAUGCUAUGAUCCAUUUGAUCAAGAUCUCACGUAUUAUUAGCACCCCCAGGGGAAAUGCUCUGCUUGUGGGGGUGGGAGGCUCUGGAAAGCAGUCGUUGACGAAACUUGCCUCAUUUAUUGCUGGAUAUAAAACAUUCCAAAUUACUCUUACUCGGUCCUAUAAUACAUCCAACCUGAUGGAGGACUUGAAAUAUCUAUAUAGGACAGCUGGUCAACAGGGCAAAGGAAUCACAUUCAUCUUUACAGAUAAUGAGAUUAAAGAUGAAGCAUUCUUGGAGUACAUGAACAAUGUUCUCUCAUCAGGCGUGGUGUCCAACCUGUUUGCCCGUGAUGAGAUGGAUGAAAUAACCCAGGAGUUGAUCCCUGUAAUGAAAAAGGAAUACCCACGUCGACCACCAACCAAUGAAAAUCUUUACGAUUAUUUCACUAGCAGAACACGCGCCAACCUUCAUGUUGUUCUUUGCUUCUCUCCAGUUGGUGAAAAAUUCAGAAGUCGUGCAUUAAAAUUCCCUGGUUUGAUUUCUGGAUGUACCAUGGAUUGGUUCCAACGUUGGCCAAAAGAUGCCCUCAUCGCUGUAGCUGACCACAUUCUGGGUCAGUUUGACAUUGUAUGCAGUCCCGAGGUGAAGAAACAAGUCAUCCAAGCUAUGGGGAUGUUCCAUGAUGGAGUUGCGGAGAAUUGUGUAGAAUAUUUCCAGAGGUAUCGUCGUACCACUCACGUCACCCCUAAGUCAUACCUGUCAUUCAUUAGUGGCUAUACAACCAUCUACGCUGAGAAAAAAACAGAAAUUGGUGAUCUUGCUGACAGGAUGAAUGAAGGUUUGGAGAAACUUCUUGAAGCAUCUGCCUCAGUGGCAGAGCUUAGUAAGGAACUGGUAGUGAAGGAGAAAGAUCUGGCAGUUGCUAACGUCAAGGCAGAGGAGGUAUUAAAGGAGGUAACCACUAAGGCCCAGGCUGCCGAGAAGGUCAAGAACCAAGUACAAAAGGUAAAGGAUAAGGCCCAGGCCAUUGUAGACUCCAUUGAAGCUGACAAAACUGUAGCUGAAGCUAAGCUGGAGAAGGCCAGACCAGCUCUUGAAGAAGCAGAGGCUGCUCUUAAUACCAUCAAACCUGCUGAUAUUGCAACUGUAAGAAAGCUGGGUAAACCACCUCACUUGAUCAUGAGGAUUAUGGACUGUUGUUUAAUACUGUUUGGGAAAAAUGUCAAGAAACCGGUGGAAAUUGAUUAUGAGAAGAUGUCCACCACACCAGCCUGGAGUGAAGCUUUAAGGUUGAUGUCUGCUGGCAACUUCCUGCAAGCUCUUUUGAAUUUCCCGAAGGAUAUGAUCAAUGAAGAAAUGGUGGAGUUGAUGGAGCCGUACCUCUCUUCUGAGGACUACAAUGUAGAUACUGCAAGACGUGUCUGCGGCAACGUGGCUGGCUUAUGUACAUGGACCAUGGCCAUGAAGACAUUCUUUUUUAUAAAUAAAGAAGUCCUACCACUCAAGGCUAACUUGAAAGUCCAAGAAGCACGUUUGAAUGCUGCCAUGGCUGACUUGAACCAAGCUCAGGCACAGCUAGAUGCCAAACAGAAAGAACUUAAUGAGGUGCAAGCUAUGUAUGAUGCUGCUAUGGCCGAAAAACAGCGUUUGAUGGACGAUGCAGAGAAUUGUCGCCGCAAGAUGAGUGCAGCAUCUGCCCUUAUCAGUGGUCUCGGAGGCGAGAAAGAAAGAUGGACGGAACAGAGUAAAGAAUUCAAGGCACAGAUUGGAAGAUUGGUAGGUGAUGUCCUCCUCUCCACAGCCUUCCUCUCGUACUCUGGGCCCUUCAACCAGGACUUCAGGACCUUACUCAACAAGUCAUGGAUGAAAGAAAUGAAAACAAGGAAAAUCCCAUUCACUGCAAGUCUUAACGUCGUGGACAUGUUAACUGAUGCUAACACUGUAGCAGUUUGGAAUCUGGAAGGAUUGCCCAAUGAUGAACUUUCAGUGCAGAAUGGUAUUGUUGUCACGAAAGCUGCACGUUUCCCAUUGUUAAUUGAUCCUCAAGGUCAAGGUAAAAUCUGGAUUAAGAACAGGAAUGCCGAUAAAGAAAUGCAACUAACCUCGCUGAAUCAUAAAUAUUUCCGUCAGCAUCUGGAAGAUUCAUUAUCACUUGGGCGGCCAUUGUUAAUUGAAGAUGUAGGAGAAGAACUUGAUCCAGCAUUGGACAACGUCCUUGAGAAAAACUAUAUCAAGUCAGGUUCAACAUUCAAGGUCAAGGUCGGUGAUAAAGAAUGUGACGUCAUGAAUGGUUUCGCUUUAUACAUCACAACGAAACUCCCAAACCCAGCAUAUACACCUGAGAUAUCUGCGAGGACAUCUAUAAUAGAUUUCACUGUGACAAUGAAGGGUUUAGAAGAUCAGUUGCUAGGACGUGUCAUCUUGACGGAGAAACAGGAACUGGAGAGCGAGCGUGUGAAACUCAUGGAGGAUGUGACUUCCAACAAGCGCAAGAUGAAAGAACUUGAAGACAACUUGCUGUACAGACUCACAAGUACACAGGGUUCUCUGGUUGAUGACGAUGAUUUGAUCAAUGUGCUUAAAGUCACAAAAAUCACCGCAGAAGAAGUCAGUCAAAAACUCCAGAUUGCUGCUGAUACAGAAAUCAAAAUCAAUACGGCCCGUGAGGAAUAUCGUCCUGUAGCAAACCGUGGGUCUAUCCUGUAUUUCCUUAUCACAGAGAUGAGCAUGGUUAAUACAAUGUACCAGACAUCACUCAGGCAAUUCUUGGAGCUAUUCGAUGCAUCUAUGUUAAAAUCAACAAAGUCGCCUAUUCCCCAGAAACGUAUCACAAACAUCAUUGAAUACAUGACAUUUGAGGUGUUCAGAUAUGCAGCUAGAGGUCUCUAUGAGAGCGACAAGUUGACAUUCACAAUCCUAUUGGCUCUGAAGAUUGACAUGGGAAUGAACAAGAUUAAACACGAGGAAUUCCAAACACUUAUUAAGGGUGGAGCCGCACUGGACUUGAAUGUGGUAACACCAAAACCCUCUAAAUGGAUCACAGACACCACCUGGUUGAACUUGGUGGAACUAAGCAAUUUACAUCAGUUCUCUGGUAUCUUAGAACAGGUUGCUAGAAAUGAGAAGCAAUGGAAGCAGUGGUUCGACAAAGAAGCACCAGAAGAGGAAAUAAUCCCAGACGGCUACAAUAAUUCUCUCGAUGUGUUCCGCCGCCUCCUAUUGGUCAGAUCUUGGUGCCCUGAUCGUACUUUGCCACAAUCAAGGAAAUACAUUGCUGAUUCCCUUGGAGAUAAAUUUGCUGAGGGUGUGAUUCUCGACCUCGAGAAAAUGUGGGAGGAGAGUGACAUUCGAAAGCCACUGGUUUGUUUACUAUCUAUGGGGUCCGAUCCUACCAACAAUAUAGAGGCCCUAGCUAAGAAACACAAGAUGGAGUGCAGAGCAAUCUCCAUGGGUCAAGGUCAAGAGGUUCACGCACGUGCCUUAAUGGCAAAUGCUAUGGCCAAUGGAGGCUGGGUAUUGCUACAGAACUGUCAUUUGGGACUCAAUUUCAUGGAUGAAGUCCUCAAUACAGUUGUAGAGACAGAAAAUGUGCAUGAUAGUUUCCGCCUCUGGGUCACCACAGAGGAACAUCCUAAGUUCCCCAUUAGUUUCUUACAGAUAUCAAUCAAGUUUACGAAUGAGCCACCCCAGGGUAUUAAAGCUGGCUUAAAGCGUACAUACCAGGGCAUGACGCAAGAUUUCUUAGAAGUUUCAAACAUGCCUCAGUGGAAACCAAUGCUCUAUGGGGUCUCUUUCUUGCAUACCUGUGUACAAGAGAGGAGGAAAUUUGGACCCCUUGGCUGGAACAUUCCAUAUGAGUUCAACUCAUCAGAUUUCAACGCUAGUGUCCAAUAUGUACAGAAUCACUUGGAUGAUAUGGAUAUCAAAAAGGGUGUCAACUGGACAUGUGUGCGUUACAUGUUUGGUGAAAUUCAAUAUGGUGGACGUGUUACUGAUGACUAUGACAAACGCCUGUUGAACACAUUCUGUCGUGUCUGGUUCGGAGAGCCCAUGUUCAGUCCAAGCUUCCAGUUCUACAAAGGCUACACCAUACCUAGUUGCAAGAAACUCGAUGAGUACCUCAAUAUUAUCAAUGAGAUGUCACCCACAGAUACCCCUGAAGCAUUUGGUCUGCAUCCCAAUGCUGACAUUACAUACUCAUCUAAAACUGCAUCCACCAUACUGAAUACAAUCUUGGACAUCCAGCCCAAGGACAGUGGAGGUGGUGGCGGAGAGACCCGUGAAACCAUAGUCUACCGCUUAGCUGAUGACAUGUUAGAGAAACUCCCCAAUGAUUACAUUCCUCAUGAGGUGAAAGACAGACUACAGAAGAUGGGUAUCCUCCAGCCAAUGAACAUUUUCCUGAAGCAGGAGGUUGACAGAAUGCAGCGUGUUAUAUCGACUGUGCGAACGACACUCACUGAUCUCAAACUUGCAAUAGAUGGUACUAUUAUUAUGAGUGAAACUCUACGUAAUGCCCUUGACUCCAUGUAUGACGCAAAAAUACCAGCUACCUGGCAAAAGAUUUCCUGGGAUUCUAGCACAUUAGGGUUCUGGUUCACAGAAAUGAUUGAGCGUAAUUCUCAGUUCAACUCCUGGGUGUUUGAUGGACGUCCUAACACUUUCUGGAUGACAGGUUUCUUCAACCCUCAAGGCUUCCUUACGGCUAUGAGACAGGAGGUGACAAGAGCUCACAAGGGCUGGGCCUUGGAUACAGUUGUUAUACACAAUGACGUGACUCGCUACUCAAAAGAUGACAUAACACAACCACCAGCAGAGGGCGUUUAUGUCUAUGGACUUUUCCUAGAGGGCGCUGGCUGGGAUCGUAGAGGUUGCAAAUUGAUUGAACCAAAACCUAAAGUUCUUUUUGAACCUCUUCCCGUCAUCCACAUUUACGCAAUAAACACUACCAGUGGUGGACAAGAUGCGCGGUUAUAUGCAUGCCCCAUCUAUAAGAAGCCACGUAGAACCGAUUUGACAUAUAUCGCUGCCGUGCAGUUGAAGACCAAUCAAAAUCCAGAUCAUUGGAUCCUACGUGGUGUGGCCUUAUUAUGUGAUAUCAAAUAGAUGAACGAUUUCUUAUAAUAUAUGGAAGUCCUAUAAUUUGUCUAAAUGUGAACUUUCUGUGCCAAAUUAUGAAGCCAUUGGAACUAUGAAAUGAACAAUUGGAUUUGCAUAUCCUGAUGGGAAAGGCCAUAUAUCGACUUUUACAGGGUGUUUUAAAGGAAUUUUAAGUAAUAUGGAUGAUUAUUUUUGGGGUGACAAGAGCUACAACUUUUUGGACACUCUGUAAACUGUGAUAUUCUGAGAAAAUACUCUUGAGCAACUUAAAAGUUUUUUAUACCAAUAAAUGAUAUUGUUAGAAAAUAUAAAAUGUAUAGGGUGACCAAAAAUUGUUUAAGAAUUGUGUCUUGAUUGAUUAAAUUACACAUACGUGUACUACACUGUUUGAUUUGUGUCCUGCCAUAGAAAAACAUAAUUGGAAAAUAGAUGUGACGUAAUGCUUAGUUCUUGAAUACUUGACAAUUUGUACAAAGAAUUUUGUAAAUAUUUCUUUUUUUUCAUUUCAUUGUCUUUAUAGAUGUUUCUAUGACAACUUACUGAAUAGACAAGUCAAUCAAUAAAUACUCAUGUAUAUACUGUGGUCAUUUUAAGAGCAUGUGUAUGUAUGAGUAUUAAUUAAAUGACUCUUAUAUGCCAUAUUUAUUAUCAUAAAUAUAUAUUUAUAUACAUAGAUUUACAAGGUAUCCGUCCAAUAUAUGAAGGGUAAUAAAAUCAGUUUUCCAUCCCUUUAUUUCAUCCAAUUUCUAUGGAUUUUAAUGUAAAGAAUAAAUUUUACUAUUAAACUAA